AACAAUAUUCGGUGGACCAUGAAACACAGAAUCGUCGAAAUUUAUUGAGACACGGUCGUUUAGUUAGUAUCACUUUGGAUUACCUUUGUCAAAUUACCUGCUGUAGGCCUACACCAAUUGUUUAAACGGGUCGUUUCUGACCCAGUAUUAAAACGUUCUAAAAAGUAUUUCAAGUUUUCUCAACAACAGGGAAAAUGGAUCUAGAGGAUAACGCAACUUCAUUUAUUUAUUAUGACGACAUGACGACGAUUGACCCACCGGUUACGUGGUCCAGAGGGGAGCGCAUCUUCUGGGUUAUCUUUCUUGGCAUCUGUGUUGUUAUUGGAACAUUCGGAAAUAGCCUCGUCAUUCUGUCCGUCAUCGUGUCUCGUCGGCUGCGUACAGGAACUAACGUGUUCGUUGUAAAUCUCGCCAUUACUGACUUAGCGACAGUUCUUAACUUGCCAUGGAACAUGAUAGCGUUUUUGAAUGAGGAGAACGGGUGGCCACUGGCACCAGGUGUUUGUAGCUUCGCUGCCGCCAUGGCUAUCAUCUGCAUCGUCAGUAGUCUGUAUACGCUAGCUAUGAUUGCUGUCACGCGUUUAGUUGUUAUUAAGCGUUCAGCACGGGACUACCGAAACAUUGGCUUACUCCGAACAUCGCGAUUGGUGGCUGUGCUGGUGCUCAUCUGGGGUAUUUCCAUUUUUACAGCGUUGAUUCCCCGAUUGUUCGGAGUGGGGGAACUUGGAUAUGACCCACGUUACAGCACCUGCACGUGGGACUCAACACAUCCAAAAUCCGCUACAUACAGCUUCAUUGUCUCCGCUAUACUCUACCCGAUUCCGUUCUGUAUCAUGAUAUACUGUUAUAUACGUGUUUUCUUACAUAUUCGUUUGCACGUAAAAACAAUGAAAUCUGAAUUAAUAUCAUCCGAAGGACUUAAUAAUUCUACAACGUCCAUCGAAAUGAGAGAGCCUUCAGUUAAAGGUAAAAGGCCUACUAUAAGGUCCACCCUCAAUAAGUCUGCAAGAAAGCGGUUAAGUAAAACCCAAGUAGAGGUUACGAAGAAUCUAUUUUACGUUGUGGUUCUAUAUGUUUUCUGUGCCACUCCAUACAAUGUGUGUCUUCUGUUGCCAGGUAACGGUGCGAUCAAAGCUACGCCGUACGCCGCAUUAGUAUUAUUAUUUAACAGUUGUUUAAAUCCACUUAUAUAUGCCACAAAACAUCCUUAUUUUAAAAAAGUAUUUAAGGCCAUAUUACGCUGUAGGUGGUCAGAUAUACCAGAUCGUGCUCAAUUUAUUAAUUCAUUAAGAUCAAUUCGCAGGUGAGAAAUAGCCCUUUUGGCCACUCACUAGUGGAUAGUGUCUGCGGUUCGUAUACAUCCUGCCCGUAGCUACAUGCUCAUAGUACCAAGGACGAAAGAUGAAGGGAUGGAGCGUUUCUGUCAAAGCCAGAGGUGACCAUCAGACACCUAAGUGGGACGGUAGGGUCCAGGUCAAGAGUUCUUGUGUAGAUAUGCAAAGAGAGAGAGAGUCGUUUAGUUAUAGAAACGGAGAUCGCUUGAAAAGAGUGUUCGAUUGAACCAUGGAACGCCCU